UAAGUUUGACAAAAAGAAAAGUAAAAGAUAUAGGAGUCGGUGAUAAUAAUCGAUUAAUUUUAUGAUCUAUGACAAAGAGAGAAAUAAAGCAGUGUUAUAGGGCUAACGUACUUGUUCCACCUCGUGCAAAUAGUUUCUCCAAUCUGUGUUAUACUUGACUGACUAAAUCAUAAAUAGCAGUGAGACGCAAAACUUUUCGUUAGUCCGCUAUGAAUUCGUGGAGUGCAAAGGCUUUCGUAUUUUUCCUGAUUGUUUCAGUGUCGCGUAGAAAUGCUCAACAACAGCCUCAUUUCAAAUUUCAUAACAAAAGGAUCAUUAUUGAUUUUAAUAAUGGUACCAUCACGAUCAAUAAACAGCUAUCCGUAUCGAACACCAAAAGAAAUGGAGAGGAUAGUCGGUGGAAGUUACGCGAAUGAAGGUCAAUUUCCGUUCAUGGCCGUAGUGCAUCGGUUGAUCGAUGGUAAGAGAGUCGCUCAGUGCGGCGGUACCAUCAUUUCGAAAAGAUGGGUGCUGACCGCAGGGCACUGCAUCGCCAAGUACCCACAAAGAUUUUUCGUCAUACUUGGAAUCAUUGAUAAGACCGGGAUCGGUUACAACGUAAAUCGGGGACCUGGAGUCUCGAUGAUGACGACACGGGCUCACGUACAUCCAUACUAUUUCUUCAGCAAGAACGAUAUCGGAUUGUUACACCUGCCGCAAGACAUUCCUUUUUCAGAAAAAAUUCAACCGAUACAUCUGGCUGGUCUGAAGGAUGGUAAAGUUAUGGCCGAUACGAUGGCCUAUGUCGUUGGAUGGGGUCGCGAUGGAUACGGUCCCAAAGGAACCAAGAAACUUAUGUAUGCUCUAAUGCCGUUAAUUUCAAAACGGGAGUGUGUCUCGUACUGGAGAGUGGAUCACAGAAAUAUAUGCACGAAACCAGGACUUGGGAAAAACGCGUGUCAGGGUGAUAGCGGAGGUCCUCUUUUUGUAAUAAAGGAUGAUCAACCGUUACAAAUUGGUAUCGUUAGCUACGGAGACGCAAAUUGUCCAAGCGAUAGACCGGGGGUGUAUACUAGAGUAGCAGCAUUUGCAAAUUGGAUUCAACGUGUCACUGGAAUGCAAUUCGAAUAA